AUGAUGAAGCCCAGCGAGUCCAGCGGAUCGCUCCAGGCAGAGCUGAAGAUCAGGAGACCCGUGCAGCGGGCCAGGAUCCCAGCACCGUUCACAGACCCCGCAGGGACACCGGAGCCGGCAGCACCCCGGCGCGGGAGCCCGCCCUCGGCCCGGACGGACCCGGCGGACGUCGACGCCCUCGUGCCCACGCACGAUGAGCACGGCCGCCCCAUCCCCGAGUGGAAGCGGCAGGUGAUGGUGCGGCGGCUGCGGGCCCGCCUGGUGGAUGACACCGCCGCGGGAGGCCAGGUAGGCGCCUCGCCACAGGGCCUGGGCACGUGGUGCUUUUCGGCGGCCCGCGACGCCAUGCUGGGCCCGUUCGGGGAGCUGCUGACCGAGGCGGACCUGGCGCAGCUGGAGUGGCAGGUGGAGAGCCUGCGCCUGCGGCGCCGGGGCGAGGAGUACCAGGGCGAGCUGGAGCGGCUGGCGCAGGAGCUGCGCGCCCUCCUGCCCGCCCCGCUGCUCAGCAUCACCGUGCAGAGCCCGCCGCCGGCGCCGGGCCAGCCGCUGCCCCUCUGGUGUGGCCGCCUGGCCGGCGUGGUGAGCAGCCUGGCCCUGCUGCUGGCCAACGCCGAGGGGGCCCGGGCCGCGCUGCCCCCACCGCCUGCCGCCCCCGCGCCCGCCCGGCCCCAGGUGCCCACCGGCAGCGUGGCCCAGCGGGAGAUCCGGCAGUGCGGCGUCUCUGUCCGCAGCCUCCGCGACGCCUUCGAGGCCCCAGCGUCCAGCCCGGCCUUGGGGAGCCCAGCGGUGGCGGCGGGGCAGCACGGGAACAGGGAUGAGGGACCAUCUCGGGAGGCACCAAGCGGCCUCAGAGAGCCGGCCGGAGGGGAAAGCGAGUCCGGCGGCACGGAGGCGGCCAGCGAUUCAGGGAUCAGCUGCGAGGAAGGGUUUUCCGAAACCAGCGGGUCUCCGGUGCCAGUGCCAGAGUCAGCGAACCUCAGGAAGGAGCGGAUCGUGAUGCUCUUCCUGAGCCACUGGAAGCGAUCUGCUGAGAGCCCGUCCCUGCGCACCGUGGCCAGGAAAACACUGGAGUCCCAGCGGGCCCAGAGGGAGGGUGCCAGGGGCCCCAAAGCACAUGAGGUGCCCACGGAGAAGAUGCCAGGGGAGACGGCCGAAGUAGGCCACUUGGCCCAUCAGAGGAAUGCCAUCCAACAGCUCAUCGGAAGCUGGACAGAUGUCACCUCCCACGGUCCAGCGCAGCAGCAGCCUCCCAGUCAGCAUGGUACCUACUCCCCAGAGCAGUUCCUGCCCUACGUCAACGGAGCGCCGGCCGACUACGACAGCCUCACCCUGGACCUCUUCAUGCUGGGCUAUUUCCGCCUCUUGGAGCAGGACCUUUCCCCGGAAGAGCGCCGGGGCCGGCACCUGCUCUGCUUCGAGGUGUUCGACCACCUGGGCCGGCACAGCUGGGAGACUGUGCGCGCCUUCCACCGGGCUGUGACGGAUGAGAUCAAUGCUGGUCGGCGAGGCUGGAAAGACAGCUUCGAAGAUAUCAAGGCGAGGUAUUUUGGUAGCACCAAGAGCUCUGUGUGCUGGCUGGGGUCGGGCUGGGGUGCCACGGGAAGCCCUCGGCAGCCCACGGCCAGCACGCCAGCACAGAGCCCCCUGCCCCGGCAUCACCCGGGCUGCGGGGCCGCUCUCACCGGCGUCAGCAACGAGGAGAUCUGCAGGUACAUCGACCGCAGCUUCGCCUUCUGGAAGGAGAAGGAAGCAGAGAUCUUCAGCUUCGAGGAGUGA